UCGGAUGCCCUAACGCAUACCAUACCUCGCGAUCGAAUGUCGGACCCAAAUACUUCAUUAUUAACGGGGCUGGAAUCUCGAUUAGUGCAACGCGUGCGAGAGCGAGAACGGGAUAUCGUCGGUUAUAUCACACGCACAGUAUACUCUCCCAUCCGUCUUUCGCUUAUCGCUGUCUCGCUUGCAUGCGGAUCAUCCACGGUCUUUCUGUGCUAGAACUCAUGGCGUAGGGCAUAACACGACCCAAGUAACCUUUCUGGAAUACCAGUUGACUGGUAGCGGACUUCAUACGAAAAGAAAACAUUAUAACUACGCCCGACGGGACGCUUUCAUUAAAACUCACGAGGAAUUAAGCAUCCAAGACAAUAAUCUGACAUACGGACAGAACAGGGUCAAAUCGAACAUUACCAGGGAACGUGAAGAGGCAGGCAACUUGAUUUAACGUUCUUAAAACUUAAAGAAAUUCAGCCACUGAGGAGAAUCUAGCGAAGGAAUAAUGUCAGCAAUUGGUAACAAGCCAAGCUACAAGGGGCCCAAGAUCGAGGUCCGUCAACAGUCGAGGUCGAUUGAAGAAGGCAAGAGAGUCAACCUGUUCUGCAGACUUACAGAAGAACCCGAAACAGUACACUGGAUCCUGGAUGACGAAGACUUGAAGAGCGGCGGUCGGUUCAAGGUUUGGAACGACAAAUGCGACUGCUACUGCCAGAUCCUCGUCACCAAAGAAGACGACGCCGGGCUCUACGUCUUCAAGGCCCGCAACAAGCGGGGAGAAUGUUGCACCACCUUCAGCCUCCACGUCAUACCUGCCGUCAAACCUCUCAGUGACGUAGACGUGAAGGAGCUUCUUUGGCAGAAUACCCAACAGAACGAAGAGCUUGUAAAACCAAUAGUAUCUAAAUAAGUUUUAAAAAUAUGCAAAUGUAAAAGACUUUGUUUGGCAUCAAAUGGGUACCGCGUCAGUCGUCACCACCACCAUCAUGCAUGAGAUCUUCAUGCUUGAGAUCAUCAGACAUUUUAGUUCUGGCAUGGGGAGCGUUCCAUCAAUAUGUGUCGUAUGAUAAGUUGUCGGAUCAGACAACUUCCAUUAAAAUUUGAUUGGCCGAAAAGCUCCGUUACUAUGGUAACUGCCGGAUAAAACAGCAUCUGUUGGAUAAAACAUCCGACAGGUGUUUUCAUGAAACGCCCCCGGGACAGCGUCUCAUUAAAAAGUGCCGUGUGAGAAGUUGUCUGAUCAGACAACUUUCCUUGAUUUUGAUUGGCUGAGAAGCACUGGUGUCUGACUGUUGCCAUGAUAACUGUUGGUUACAGCUGACUUUGUCGGAUAAAACACCCGACAGGGCAUUUCCCAGCAUCAACUGCAGAAUUGCCACAGUGGUUGGCGUUGUCACGGAACAGGACAGCAUUGACACUCUCUGAUGGAUGAUAAUUAUACAAGAAUUAUUAUUAGCACAAAGACAGUCUCUAUCACAAAUGCAAUUCAUGAGCCCCAUGCCUGUAUCUACAGGCCCGGAAGCAGGUGACAAUGCAAUCAAAAUAACUCCUUCAUAAAUGACUGCAGACUGAUAUGAACGCGCGCCUCCAGCCAGUUAACAACAAGUUCUCCUUCAAUCAUGGUGGAAAAAUAAAUUCUACAUAAUCAUAAUUGGCACCAAACGGCCGAAUUUCAAGUACCAUUAUCCAUUCAUCUAACACGAUCCAUUUUCAUUAACUCAAUAAAUUUCAAAAUCAACUUUUAAAAUCCAUUUUCUUGAAUACGCGGUACCCGUCUGAUGCCUAACAUUGUGGGAUUCUCUCAUUUUUUUUCGAGGACAAAAUCCAAGUUUUUGAUUUUUAAAAGUGGUUCGUUGAGGUCUUCCUGCCAACUUGGUUCCCUCCGCUAUAUCCAGAUAUUAAGAGGUCUUCCGAGUUUUAAUUUUAAGUAUUGAUGUGAUAUUGAUAAGAUGUUCAUGUCAAUUGCGAUCUAUAUACUGAAGGUGAAUUGUGUCUGUCCAAUUGAAAAGCAACUCGUAAUUUACUCGUUCUGUAAAACAGUAUACUUGUAAAAUGUUAUUCACUCAAUGUGAAUUGUAUCUGUCGAAUUGAAAAGAGAAACAACUUGUACUGCAAAAUGUUAUUUAUUCACUGAAGGUAAAUUGUAUCUGUUGAAUUUAAAGGAGAAAAAAAAUCUGUAUUGUAAAAUAUUAUACAGUGAAUGUAAAUUAUGUUUGGUAAAAUUAAGUGAGAAUAUGUACAGCGUUGCUCUCAAUUAACGUCCGACAAUCAUCAUAACUCUUUGAAGAUUGUGUUUGAAAAUAGCAAGCAACAAUUAUAAUCUUUAUCAGAAGAAAAUGGAUUUAGAUGCAUAGGAUUCUUUCAUUUAUAUACCGGAAAACUCUCUGAAUAAUAUAUAGGCCUAUAUGCAUUUACAAAUGACUAGUGAAAAUUAUCACACUAGAUAAAACAUAAUUCUUUUAUUGACUUCAGAAAAAAUACCAGUUACACAAAGCAGCUUGUUUUAUUUUUAUAAGAAACUUAUUACUAAAAGCAUUGAAUUGGGAAAAUUUUGAAGGCCUGUUUUGCAGAUAUGGUGAGCUAAUCCUACAAAACGUGAGUAGGUAAGCGGGGAAAAGAAACAAUUUUGAAUUAUUGCUCAAUUUGUCCAAAGUUUUUUUGUAUGUCGAAUCAGCGAGAAAUUCAAUGAAAUUCAAUUAAGAAUAGCAUGUAAAUAUACAGUACAAUUAUUUUUAUGAUAUAUAUAUUUUUAGAUGGAGACACCCCAGCCCUAACCAGAUAAGCGCGUGACGAAAACAAA